UGGCCCCUGAGCUCGAGGUGGAGGCACCUCUUGAGAUCCCCUACUGUCGCAGAUUUGAGGGUCGAUGUUGGUCGAGGACUCGGGAGACUUUGCCCUAUGUUCGACAGUUCUUUGAUACUGUACGACCGACAGAGAUCUCUUGGCAGCCCUGGGCACCCUUGUCAGGAAAUGCCCGGUUCCGAUUCCCUGGGACGUGGGCCUCUUCUCGAUACAAGACUUUAUUUGAGGGGUCCGUUGGCAGGGCCUGGUUUCUGGGGGAUCCCUUCAUGCGUCAGACGAUGGGCAACCCUGAUCAGGGUAUCCCCUCAGCACCUCCAGAGGACAUGCAGUUCACUGAGAGACUCACUCCCCGGGAGGUCGAGGAGCUUAUGUUGGGUACUGUUGCAGUUCUGUUGCUGGAGGAGGGAGAUUACGCGACCUACCGCCAUACAUACUUGAUGCCUCCACUGACAGGUGUCUAUACUCCUAUGAGGAGGGAUGCUGGCAUGCCAUCAUCGAGUCAAGUUCGGGCUGCAGAUACCCCUUCGACUAGCAGGGCUGGCACAUCGAGGAGUGGGGCUAGAGAGAUCCCCCUGACUUAUCAGUAUGCUGGGUGGCCAGAUCUUCCGGCCGAGUUGACAGGCUGGCGGUAUAGGGCAUCCUACCCGAUUCCAUUGGAGCCUCCAUUGCCUGAUCAUCGAUAUGUCAGUGACCCUAACUCGCCACUGCCUCCCAGAGGGUACAAUGAGGGGUUACUCGGAGUGGUGGCCUCACUCGAGAGAAUGGUCCUGCAGAGAGAGACACAGUUGUUCAUCAUCGGCGUCUCGGUACUUUUCGAUUUCCUUGCAUUUAUCAUACUUCUGAUGACAGACUGCAAUUGA